AUGCCAGGAGCAAUCAACUGGGAGCCACCAGCUUCACAGGCUAGCUCGAAUAUCAUGGGCAUGAUGAUGCUAAAGAAGCGGAAGAGGGAUGCAGAAUCCAGACAGGAAACCACCGUGGUGCCUUCAACCCUCUUCAACCGGCCCUGUUUGCUCUCGAGCGGACCUGAUCUCACCUCCAUCCAAACCACGCAUAAGACCCUUGAUAUCACCUUUGAAGAAAAGACGACUGGAACAGAAGACCGUGCAGUCUAA